AUGUUGCUCAAACCCGCGACACCGCUGACCAUCUUGCUCUUCGUCGCAUUUGCCCUCUUGCUGUUAUCAUGCCUCUCCACCCCCAUCAUCAAGGGCAUUCCCCUGGCCACCUUUAAAAACGUUGACUAUGGUGUCUUUGGAUACUGCCAGGGCAAUCAAUGCACCAAGAUCCACGUGGGAUAUACUGGGAAUAACAUUGACAGCACCGGCAGCGACUUCAAUCUGCCCUCUAGCACUCGAAAGUCCCUUUCGUCCAUCCUCAUCGUUCACCCCGUCGCGGCUUUCCUCACUCUGGUGUGCCUUUGUCUUGCGGGAGCUGCGCACUUCCACGGGCCCUCCCAUUCGCCACGAUAUCUGCUGGCGCUCUUGAUCUUGCUGUUGCCUACCCUUUUGGUGACACUGCUCGCUUUCCUCGUCGAUAUUCUGCUGUUUGUGCCACAUUUACGAUGGGGGGGAUGGAUAGUCUUGGCGUCCACCAUCAUCCUAGUCUCCUGCGGAGUCGUGACCUGUGCCAUGCGCCGCACGCUUGUCAGUCGAAAGGCGCGAAAGCGUCGCAUUGCUGAGAAUGCAGAGAUGAGUGGUGAAAACUACUACAACCGCCAGAACGCAGCUGCCGCGGCUGUAGCUACGGUGCCCAUGGUGGCCGAGACCAAAGAACCCGCCAUGUCGACCUCCCCGACCCCUGAUUCCGGUCCAACAUUCGCCUCCUUCCGUACCGACACCCGGACGAGUGACGACGAUCGCACUCCCCUGAAUGAGUAUCAAAACGUGCCCGGUCCGCAGGACGCACUGCCAUCUGGUAAUCCGUAUCCCGAUGGCCACGGUUCUCCGUACCGUCCGCAAGAGGCGCCAAGCAUGCUCCCGUCGGGUCCUUACGGCCAUCCGCAAAUGAUGCGCAAUCCAUCCGACCCUCGAUUACGACCCCAGUACUCGGACGGUAGUAUGGGCUCCCGGCGUGGGGGCGGUCCCCCUGGCUUUAUUCCGCGCGGUCGAGGAGGAUACCCGCCUCGGGGAGGAUAUGGUCGGGGUGGUCCCUAUGGGGGACCGCCCAGAGGUCCUCCCGGUGGCCGAGGUGGCUACAUGGGAGGGCCAAUGCCACCGCGCGGUCGAGGUGGGAUGAUGCCUGGCCGUGGAGGACCACGUGCUGCCCCGGGGUACUCGGCUGGUCUCAACCGCAGUGUUGAUUCGUAUGGGCGGCCGACAGAUGGUUACUUCCCACCAGGGCCAGGGUCGGGCGGUCCUAUGCGCGCACCUUCUCCGGGGGCUAUCGGCAUGGCUGUGUCGCCCGAAUCAGUGGGGCAUGCCAUUGAGAUGCAGCCUCAAACGCGCCGGCCAGAGGCAUAUGGCUCAGAUCCAUCAUUACCCAAUGAUCCCUCGCCUCACGCCCUUUCCGUAGAUGGUGCCCACGCUCCGCUAGAGAGUCCGUCUAGCGUCUAUACCCCUACUGAGUCCUACGUGCCACCUCGAGCAGAGUGGAACAUGUCGCCACGGCCACCCCAACCGCCUGUGCACCACACCGGUCAAGGCUCUACCAACUACUAUGAAGAUGUUGAUCCUCGUUUUGCCCAACGGCCUUCGCCGCAGCCUUCGUCAUCGCUUCCGCCCUCUUUGACACCCGGAAGUGGUCAUUUCUAA